AGGGGCGGAGAUGGCGUCUGUGGAAGUGUCGACCAAUCAGGAGCCGGCAGACGGAACAGAAGAAAACUCAGGGAAGAAAAAAUCCAAGUUUCAGACGUUUAAAAAAUUCUUCAGGAGAAAAAAGCGAAAAGAUUCUGAAGAUCUGAAGAACUUUUCCUCCAACGAAGAUUUGAACAAAACACCUGAAAAAAAACAACGGUCGGAGGCGGGGCUGGGCAGCCGGGCGCAGUCACAUGACUCUGUGCUGGCGUGUGAUUAUUCGGAGGCUCAGGAGACUCUGGGGGCGUCUCAGGACAGUCUGCACGGGAAAGUCAAGUCUCUGCAGGUGCAGUUGAAACAGUCUCUUCUCUGUGGGAAAAGGAGUCAGGACGGAGCCGAGUCCGAGGACGACGGGCUCCCAUCCAGCCCCCCAGAGUCCACGCCCAACAAGAGUAAGCCUCAGAGGGACAGCUCGGUCAGUCUGGACUCUGGAGAGCUGUCGUGUCCGGGCUCGAGUGGCGCUCUGAGCCCCCUGCUGGUCGCUCCGGGGGACUUCAGCUCUCCGGCCUCGUCCUCCGUGUGUCUGGACAGUUCUGCGGCGAGACACAGACUGGAGCUGAGGCAGAAGGGCAGGAGGAGGAGGAGGAAGAGGCCGGCAAAGAGACCUGAGCUGGGACCUGAUCCGGGACCUGAUCCGGGGUCUGGAGCAGAGUCUCUCCUGGAGGACUCUCUGAACAUCUCCACAGCAGAAGAGAGAGAAGAGACAGAGGAGACAGGAGAAGACGAGGAGCUCAAACCUGAAGACGUCCAAAUCCAGACCGACAUAAAAGUCCUGGAAGAUUCAGAAAACAGAGACGAGACCGAGGACGAGACCGAGAUCAAGACCGAGGACGAGACCGAGGACGGGACCGAGAUCAAGACCGAGGACGAGACCGAGGAGGAGGACGAGUCUGGAGGAGAGGAGACUUCAGCUGAACCCUGUGUCAAGAGUCCAGACCAAAACCUGGAUCAAGACCAAGACCGAGACCGAGACCAAGAGGACGGGGACAGUCCCAGCUCGUCUCCGGCGCCCUCUGCUGGUGACACGGAGAACCUGCGGGACACGAACAAACUCCACCUGUCGGACUCGUCCCUGGAGGAGAAACUACGAGACGAUCCGAGCGACGACGGAGACGAGGAGCGGAAAACCGACGAGAGAGACGAGAAAGAAGAAGAGGAAGAGGAGGAAGAGGAGGAAGAGAGAGAGAAAGAGGAGGAGGAGGAGGAGGAGGAGGAGGAGGAGGAGGAGGAGGAGGAGGAGGAGGAGGAGGAGGAGAGCUCUCUGCUUCAGGAAGUCCUCAGCUCCUUGAAAACUCCACUGAGCGCUCUGGAUGUAAUACACACAGAUCACCAGCAGAGGGAGACAGAGGAGAUGGAGGAAGAGGAGGAGGAGGAAGAGGAGCUCCUGGUCACACCGCAGACGACUGAACAUGUCCAAGAAGAAGGACGUAAACGGGAAGCGGAGAGCGAGGAACAGGAAGUGGGCGUGUCCUCGUACAGAGACGCAGAGGAGGAGGAGCCGAAGAGCAGAGAGGAAGAGUCAGAGGAGGAGCCACAGGUGGAGAUCUUCAGCCCCAGACAGGUUGUUUCUGAAACCGAGCCACGCGAUUUCCAGAAGAUCCACCACGGCGUCGGCGUCACUUUACCUUCAUCGCCUUCAGACAGUGAGGAAGACGACGAGGAAGAGACACGGGAGGGUUUAAAAUUAACCCAAUGCCGAGAAACUGAAGACGUGGACGCCAUUUUGGAUCAGAUCAAACAGGAAGUGAGCGAGAGCGAAGAGGAAGUCACGGAGCAUCAAGACGAACAAGGAACGGGAGAUUUCGAGAUGGAGACAAACGCAGAAAUGGACGAAAGCACCGAAACGAAACCUGAAAUCAAGACUCGAGACUCCGUAAAAGUCGUUGAAAUCGUGUCUGAAGACGUUUUGGAAUUUGAGGGAGAAAUUUUGCGAGGUGAAAGCGAAAGUACAGAGACAACAGAAGACGAAAAUGACGUGAAAGAAACUGAAAUGUCUGAAAUGGAGUUGGAACGAGCGAGUAUCGAAGAAAACGACGAGAAAGAGGAAGAAACGACGGACAGACACGAAGCAGAAACGACGGAACGCAAACCCUCUCUGAGCAAAACUACGUCUUUGGAGAUUAAUCUGGUGUCUCCAAAUUCAAAGAAAGAAUUCAGUUUUCCAAAUCCUGAACAUUUUAACGAAGAAACCGAAGCGGAAAUUUGUGACGAAACUGAAAAACCGGCUUCGGAAAUCGCCGGUGUUUCUACGGUUGACGUAAAGGACACGCAAAGCCGAGAAGAUCGAAGAGAAUUCGAAGACAACGUUGAAAUUUUGGACGAAAACGACGAAACGAAAGAAGACGAAGUUAUAAAAGUUUCGACGGGCGGCAGUGAAAAGGUCGAAGAGCUGGAAAUUAUGGGAGAAAUCGAAGCGGAAGUAGAAAAUUUUGACGAAGAAGGCGGAGAUGUUUCGAUGGGCGAAGUGGAGGAGGUUCAAGAACGAGAAGAGACAGAAAAUAAAACUGAAAUUUCGCCAAAAAUUCAAGAAGACGGUGAAAUUUUGGGUAAAACUGACAAAACACAAAAAGAAAAAAGGGUUACGUUUUCUUUGGAGGAGAAAGAGGAGCCAGAAACGAUCGAGGAAAAACCUGAAAAUUCCCAAAGCGAAGUUUCCAGACCGGAGCCGAACAGGCCCAAGUUCACGAUCGCCGCGGCCUGGCAACGGUCUCACUCCGUCGGGCAGAAGGACGAGCGCGACCCCCCUACGCCUCCGGAGAACCACGAAGACCCAGCGGAGUCCGGACCUGAGCCAGAAUCUCAACCAGUCCGAGAGUCCGAGUCCGAGCCAAAGUCCCAGCAACACCCAGAAUCCAGAGCGAAACCUUGGCUCGGAGUCCAAGAGUCUCCGCAAAUCCAGGAGUCCAGACUGGAACCUGGGUCCGAACUAAUCCAAGAGUCCAAGUGUGAACCGGGGAUCCAGCAAGACCCAGAAACCAAGUCCAAACCAGAAACCAGGCCUGAGCGUGGGUCCAGAGUCCAAGAGUCUAGACCUACUCCUUGGUGCAAACAAGUCCAGGAGUCCAGACCAGAGCCGAAGACCCAACUAGACCUAGAAUCCAGGCUUGAACCGGGGUCGGAGCAAGUCCAGGAGUCCGGGUCUAAACCGGGACCGGAGGAGGAGCCAGAGGAGGGAGCGAGGAGCCCGACCGGAGCGAAGCGUCCCGGGAUACACGAGGACAAACCCGGCGAAGAUCGUCCGUCUGUGUCGGAGGAGAUUUCCCAGAAUCCUUUUGGGGUGCGUUUGAGGAGGACUCAGGCUCUGCACAGGUUCAUCGCAGAAGAUCAAAACAAACAGUCCGUCCACGAACCUCCCUCCCCCUCGCACAAAGUCGACCCGCCUUCUCCCACAAAGCAACCAAUCGGCAUCAAGCCCGCGGUGAUCAGCCAGCCAAUCACGGUCAAGCCCGCCGUCCUGAGCCAGCCAAUCACGAACAAGAGCCCGACGUCCAACCCGCCGGUCGCCGCCAAGCCCGUGGUGCCGCGAAAACCCGACGUGGAGGCUAAAAAACGAGUCUCGGAAGCGGGAGGAGGGACCGAGGCGCCGAGCUGGAUCUCCAUGGCCAAACAGAAACAGAAGAUUUACAAAGAAAACGUCAAGGAGGAGCAGGAGAAGAAGAGCCCGGAGCUGAGCAGAGCGAUUUCUCUGGACCUCAAACCCGCGGCCGCCGUCCCGCCCGUGCCGCAGAAACCCAGCCACUACACCUGCCCCGCACCCGCCGCCGCACCCGCCCCCGCACCCGCACCCGCACCCGUCUCCAAACCGCCGCCGCAGAAACCCGCCCACUCCUCCGCCUUUUCCUCCUGCCCCGCUCCCGUCCCGGCGAAACCGCUCACGGGCAAACCGCCGCCGCAGAAACCCAGCCACGCCUUCCCCGCCGCACCCGCCACACCCGCCUCACCUGCCCCCGCACCCGCCACACCCGCCCCUGCCCCGUCCUCGAAACCGGCGCCGCCAAAACCCGCCCACGCUCCCGUUUCCUCGCCUUCCCUCGCCUCUCCGUCUUCUCCUCUGUCUGGCGCCCCCUGCAGGCCUUCUUCUUCCUCUUCCUCCUUCUUCUUCUUCUUCUUCUUCUUCCUCCUCCCCUCGCGUCGCUUCGCCGCAGGACGAGCCCCCGUGGAUGGCGCUGGCGAAGAAAAAGGCCAAGGCGUGGAGCGAGAUGCCUCAGAUCGUCCAGUGACAGACUUGAAAUUUUCCCCCCCAAAAAUUUUUUUUCGAGGAAUUUGUUUUAUUUUAUUUUUUCGGACUUUUGUCUUUUUUUUUUUUCUGCACAUAUUUUUCGCACGGUGUUUACUCUCGUACGCUCACGGCUCCAGGUAUAUCCAGAUGUUUAAACGGUCGCGUAUACGGACGUUAAAGUGAAAUGAAAUGUGCUCGUGUAAAAAAGAGACUGAGUGUGAGUUUUGGCGCCGCCUUGUGGCCGAACGGCGCAUUGCGGUUUUGUUCUUGUUUUGUUUUUUUUGUUUUGUUUUUUGUUUUUUUUUGAGCUGGUUUAAGUUGAGGUACAGACAGGCGGGGUCCUCUUCCUCUUAAUUUAUAUCGAAGAGACGCCCGUGUGUCGUUUUUCUAAAUAAAACUAAUAAAAAUAAAAAAACGGAAAAAAAAAGCAAUGAUUUUCUUC